AUGUUUCAUACACCUGAGAGCUCUCUCUAUAACAGCAGAAUUUUGCUGCUGCUGCAGCAGCAGCUGCUGCAGCAGCGGCCACAGCGUGCUGCAUGCAAACGCCUGAACCCAGCAGCAGCAGCAGCAGCAGCAGCAGCAGCAGCAGCAGCAGCAACAGCAGCAGCAGAAGAGAAAACACAUUCGUUGAAGGUGCCACUGGGAAAAGAAGCAGCAAAUGCAGCAGCAGCAGCAGCAACUGCAGCAGCAGCAACUGCAGCAGCAGCACCAACUGCAGCAGCAGCAGCAGCAGCAGCAGCAGCAGCAGCAACAGCAGCAGCAGCAGCAGCAGCAUAA